AUUGAAUUUAGAGAAGGGCAAGAAAAUAAGGGUAGAAGAAGAAGGAGAGAGGGCUAAAGUUGCAGGGUGGAUCGGGAAGACGUAACGAAAACCAGCAAAUACUCGUCGUUUCGUCGUUCGAAUCCAUUGUUGCAGUUGCAGAGGACCUCGUAGGAGAGCUCCUGUAAAUAUAAUAAGAGAGAUUCAUACAAAGCAAAGGCAAAGAGAUGAUAACGCGAUCGAAUCUGGCGGAGCAGUUGAGAGAGUAUCAGAUUCGAUCGAAGCAUGACUGGGCCUCCGUCUCCUUCUUCUCCUCCACCUCCUCCACUCAUACUUUGUCAAGGGUGGAUGUAGUGCUCUUUGUAAUAUGGGAACUGGUAAUCCUAGCUUUCUUGGUUUUUUCGGCAGUUUCUUUAUAUUUUAGGCAUAUGCGACUUGCUUUUGUCUUAGCAUGUAUUGCAAUGCUCUUGCUUUUGUGCAUAAAAGUUACAAAGCAAGUGAGAUUGGCUAGGAAAAAGAAACGGAGGAUGCUUCUUCCAUUAUCUAUGUAAUACUAGAUGAGGGGCACGCACUACCCAACCUUAUCGUGUAAAUCUUGAAGAGUCUUGGCCAUUGCAUUUGGCCUGUAUCCUCUUUUUUGGUGUAUUGGGAUGUGUAAUCAUUGCCUUCGAACAUUAGGUGAAAAACUGAUGUGAUUGCUGUGGAAGAUGCUCAUCAGAGUGGCAAGUUGAUCGAUCAAGAUAUGAAGAUUUGGUUAGUGAGGGGAGGAAAGGUUAGUUGACCAUACGGUUUCUUCUGUUACUACCGAGAAUAUUUUGUUUUUACCAAUGAUAUAGUGAUGAUGUUUGCAUUACUUAUCAACAAUACAAUGACAUAAGAAACCAAUGAAUGACAUUUCAGAUGCA